CUUCGUCUAGGCCCUCCAUUUCUCCUACCCUCAUUUUAGUUUUUUUUUUUCUUUUAUAUUUAACUCAGUUUAGCAUUUUAAGUAGCAAUGGCGGUGAAAGUAACAAAGGCCGAGAAGAAGGUCGUUUAUGAUUCGAAGCUUUGUCAGCUUCUGAAUGAGUACCCUCAGAUCCUUGUGGUAGCAGCUGACAAUGUUGGAUCCACUCAGCUUCAGAACAUUCGGAAAGGUUUACGCCGUGAUUCGGUUGUACUCAUGGGGAAGAACACUAUGAUGAAGAGAUCUGUCAGGAUUCAUGCUGAUGAAACUGGCAAUCAAGCUUUCCUCAGUCUCCUUCCUCUUCUUCAGGGGAAUGUCGGGUUGAUCUUCACCAAAGGUGAUUUGAAGGAAGUCAGUGAAGAGGUUGCCAAGUACAAGGUUGGAGCUCCGGCUCGGGUGGGUUUAGUCACUCCAAUUGAUGUGGUUGUGCAACCAGGAAACACCGGUCUUGACCCUUCACAGACCUCUUUCUUCCAGGUGCUUAACAUUCCUACAAAAAUCAACAAAGGCACUGUUGAGAUCAUAACCCCUGUGGAGCUCAUCAAGAAAGGCGACAAAGUCGGUUCAUCCGAGGCUGCGCUUUUAGCCAAGCUUGGGAUCAGACCGUUCUCUUAUGGCCUAGCCGUCGAGUCAGUCUACGAUAAUGGCUCAGUGUUUAACCCUGAAGUGCUCAACCUCACUGAAGAUGACCUUGUUGACAAGUUUGCAGCUGGUGUCUCGAUGAUCACCGCACUUUCUCUUGCAGCCUCUUACCCAACCUUAGCAGCUGCGCCUCACAUGUUCCUCAAUGCUUACAAGAAUGUUGUUGCUGUUGCCUUUGCUACUGAGUAUUCUUUUCCUCGGUCUGAGAAUGUGAAAGAGUGCCUAAAGGAUCCAACCAGCUGGUUUGCAGGUAGUACGGCGGCGGCACAGGUUUUAGUAGAGUCUGGUGGAGCUAUUGUGGCCGUAGCUGUGGAGGAAGAAGCUGCAGAAGAGUCUGAUGAGAACAUGGGAUUCAAUCUGUUCGGUUAAACUAAGCCAGUAGUAGCCUUUCAUAUUUAUUUUUAUGUCCCAUUCAU